CUACCAAUAUCUAGACGCUCCGUGCUAUUGGACCAGCUAAGGCAUGACUUGGGGAGGUAUAUGACGUUUCCAAUAGUUAUAGAUGGUUAUGAAUUUGGCGUCGGAGUGUUAAUGAUUAGACGUUUGACACAGUGAUAUAUCUGACAACAGGAACACGGCCGACAAUUUAAUAAUAUUUUAACAGUUUUGCUCAAUAUGAUAUCAGCAAGGAACAACAUUUUCUGCUGCUGCGUUCUUAUUGUUCGCUUGGCGUUACUGGCUGCAGAACAGAGUUCAGCGUUUGGGGCCGAUCUUCACCAACCCUACCAGGCGUUUGACCCCCCGUCGCUCCCACAAUUAUACAGUGCAAAUCCUGAGCCGAAAACUGAUCCUAUUGACGAUAUAUCUGUCAUUGACAUCUUUAACCAAAAGAUAAAUGGAUUGAGCGAACAGUGCCCCCGUCGAAAUGUGAUUAUGUUCUUUAUGACUAGGGAAAAAGAAUACCUGACACCUUGCAUAAGACCGGCUUUGUUAAACAGCACAAGGUAUGAGCAACCAGAUGAUUCCAUGAGAGAGCAGUUACAAGGUUUAAGCAAACUGAAUCAACUGCGUAAUUUGAAAGAGGAAAAUGAUCGGCUUAGUGAGAUGGGCGGGGCACCAUCCCAAGACGAAAGAGAGUCCAAACCAAAAUUGAAUUUGCAAGGUACACCAGUAUCUUAUUCUGGACGGCUAUUGAAACGCAUUCUUCAAAAUAUGGGAGACGGGACAGUUAAAGUGGACUUCCCUAAUGCGAACUUUAAACCCAUAGACGACAAGCGCGCGAGGCUGUCUAUAAAUGGAGCGCUGUCAUCGCUGGCCGACAUGUUACGUCACGAAUCUGGUCGCCAUAGAAAACCACAAUAUGCAUUCCAUUCGGACUUGUUGAAGAUGGGAAAAUGAUUUAUCCUGAAUCGAAAAUGAAGUACCAAGUUGUGUCUAUGAUUUUUAAGUGUUACAUUCCUCCUUUAACAUUUUGCUAGGAAAGGUGUUAUUUUAAUUAGUAAAAGAGGGCAUACACAUUUAUCAAGCAAUUUGAAAAAGUUAUUCUUUAAACAGCUUAGAAUGCUUCAUGUUACACCAAACGAUAACAAAAUGAAGUUAAAGAGCAAUGUGAAAUUAGUCUUCAGCGAAAUGGAAUGAUCUAGCCUACAAAAACUGUUGAAUCUAUGAAAGGGUACAAAAUGACAUAGCAAUGAUAUAUGUUACAAGUAAAACUUGGAAAGUUUCUACUAAUAUCCCAUGAUUGAUAUUGAAGUGUUUUAAAACUUAUAAAAAGCAGGAUUCAAUUAGGUGUCUUUUGUUAAAGCCGCACUCUUAUUCAAAAUCAAUACAUACACUUGUGUAAAAAAUUAUCUCGAGUGAUUUACCUUUAAGUGCUUACUAAAUAAUGUGUAUUUGGAAAACAUUCAUUUCUGAUAACACGAUCUUAAUCGUGUAGUUAAAAACUGAACACGCAAAAGUAUUAAAUGAUUGGUGAAUGCUAAAAUAUUUACUGUGGUCUUUUUAUCGUCUCAUAAGGUUGAAAUGCCGUGUUUUAUGCACAUUUCUUUCAAAUUAAACUCGGUAUCCUUCAUAAGAACCAUUGUUUUCGACAUUUAUUUAUCCUUUUUGGAAUAUUAAAACAAAAGUAAUAAUUGUGGUUAAUCUUACGCGGUAGUAAGAGUGCAUCUUUACAGUGUUUCUUGCACCUUUAUUUCAAAUUUAACUCGUUAUCCUUAAAAGAACCAUUGUUUUCAACAUUUAUUCAUCCUGUUUGGUAUGAUAAAACAUUUUGUAUUAUUUUUGGUGAAUCUUGUUUGGGACCCUGAAAAAGUGCUUUUGUUAAGGACCAUAGAUAAGUAAUAUAGGAAUGUUUCUUUGAAUAGCGUCGUAUAUAUUUAUGAUUUCUGUUCAAUAUACUAGUACUUGAUUUGAAACUUCGUAGAUAUAUACGGUUAAUGCCAACACAAAUCAGUCCACUUAGUAGCUGGUGAAAUUCUAUGGCAAAUAUUCAUGAAGGACGAUACUUACAAGCAAUAAAAAAUAUAACGACAAUACAUUCUUACAGACGUGUUUAUCACAUUGACAUUGAAUGCUUCGUUGAAAAUUAAAAUAUAAGAGGUAGUGUACAGCAUUGAGUGCUCUUGUCAUUUAUUUCACUUUGUUGCUUAAGUGGAUUUGCAAUAUUGUCGGAUAUGUCGGA